ACUAAAACCCAACAACGGCGUUGCGUAGAAUUGCCUCUCCAGUCGGCGUUAACGUCAAAUAACGAGGCAUUUAGUCCUUCGGCCGUGGGGGCGUUGAACAGCGACGAUGGACUUCGUCGCCGGAUGCAUCGGAGGUGCUGCUGGAGUGUUGGUCGGACAUCCAUUCGACACAGUUAAGGUGAGGCUGCAGGUGCAGAGUAUCGACAAGCCUCUGUAUCGCGGCACCUAUCAUUGUUUCCAGUCCAUCAUUCGGCAGGAGUCGGUAUUUGGCUUGUACAAAGGCAUCGGCUCCCCAAUGAUGGGCCUCACAUUCAUCAACGCCAUUGUGUUUGGCGUCCAGGGCAACGCCAUGCGGAUGCUGGCACACGACACCCCCACCAACCAGUUUUUCGCCGGCGCGGCGGCGGGCGCCAUCCAGUGCGUCAUCUGCUGCCCCAUGGAGCUGGCCAAGACCCGCAUGCAACUGCAGGGCACCGGAGAGAAGAAGUCCUCCAGGAAGUUGUACAAGAAUUCCCUGGACUGCUUGGUGCGCAUCUACAACCGGGAGGGUCUGCGGGGGGUCAACCGGGGCAUGGUCACCACGCUGAUCCGCGAGACUCCCGGCUUCGGGGUGUACUUCCUGUCCUACGACGUGCUGACCCGCGCCCUCGGCUGCGAGCCCAACGACCGCUACAUGAUCCCCAAGCUGCUGUUCGCCGGCGGCAUGGCCGGCAUCGCCUCCUGGCUCUCCACCUACCCGGUGGACGUGAUCAAGUCGCGGCUGCAGGCGGACGGGGUGGGCGGAGUCCGCCAGUACAGCGGCAUCGCCGACUGCGUGCGGCAGAGCGUCAGGCGGGAGGGCUACAUGGUGUUCACGCGGGGCCUCACCUCCACGCUGCUGCGGGCCUUCCCCGUCAACGCCGCCACCUUCGCCACCGUCACCCUCAUCCUCAUAUACGCCCGCGGCGUGGAGGAGGGGCCCAAGGACUGCGAGUCGGAACCCUCCGGCCUGUGACGGCCCGGAGAGACGGAAGCGCUCACGCGAACCCUUUUAUCGCUCCGGCUGUCUCACUUCACUUGAGAGAGAGAAAAAAAAAAGGAUGACGUCUCAAUUUUUAGUUUUUAAGUCCUUAAGUCUCCGGCUUGCCUCUAAAGACGCAGACUUGUCGAGGGGGGUCUUCCAUGAUCCCGUCAUAAACGUGUUACUGAGGGGGGGGCUAGGUAGUGCACACAGUGUGGAAACAUAGUUUGAUAUCUUCUAUCUGUUGACUUGUGCAGUGUUUAACUGCACCUGUGUGACUACGUAGUUCGUUUAGAUUAUUUUAUUUUGAAUGUAGAUUGGAAACAUCCUGCCUUUUUUAUAUAUAAUAUGUACAUAAUAUAAAAUAUAGUAUGGAUACUUUUAUUUUGUGAAAGGAAGCGGAAGCACUUGUUUGUACCUGAGCUGAGAAGGAGAUGGAAUGUAGCAUCUGGUGCGUUUAACUUAUGCAGCUAAAGUCUAAUCCUCACUGGAGUCCAUAACCACUGUCAACAUAAAUGUCCCGGUCUGGCUGUGGGUGGACUGCAAGGCGCGUCCGUGUGUGAAGCGGCGUGCUGGAUGGCGUUACGUUUGCUGCUCCGGUUGGCUUCAACCGAACUGUAAACUACUUGCGCAGCGACUACGUUGCUCCAUCAGAGGUGGAACAUGGUGCUACACGGGCCACUGCGCAUUUCGUUUUCUCAAUGAAAAUAACUGCAUAUCUAGGAUGUCCCCGGUUGACUUUGCUCUGUUUGUAUCAAACUUGCAUAUUAAUGUGUCUCUGAGACCACGGUACUGGUUGUUAGACGAUCCAGCAAGAACCACAUUAACCCCAAAAGCACUUCAAUGACAACAUCUGCUUCAACUGUUUAACUAACUCUAUAUCAAAAGGUAGAAAGCCAGCACAGGUAACUUCCAAGUUUGGUUACUUAUUGAGCAGAAAGAAAUCCAUUUAUUAUCCCUGUGAGAUAUUUUGACGGUUCUGUGUCCUGAAACUUGAAAAAUGUGUGUACUCAUAUAAUAUUAGAUUUAAUAAUCUACUGAUGCUUUCUGCCCUGUCAGAUAAAAAAAAAAUUAGAUAUAUAUAUAUAUAUAAUAUAUUUGAUGCCUGAAUGUUGAAAAUGUAGCUUUAAAGCAAUCUGAUCUGCGUUCCGUUGCAGGAAAUCAAACCGCUACAAAGAAUGAAAGAAAGAAUGUUGUGACCGGCUGAGGACGUUCAACGUGUCCCAGCUGUGUUCACCCCGGCGGGACGGGGGGGGACGGGGGGGGACGGGGGGCUCCGUUGUUUAAAUUCAAAUUGACAUGUCAUCGAGCUGAUGUGAAAGAUGCAAUAUGUACAGGAUCUAGUCUUGUUGAUGGGAGUGGACUUGAUGUAAAUAUAUACAUAUAAUAUUAUAUAUUUAUUUCAGUCUAAAGUAGUCGUUUGGUUCCCUGAAUGUUUUGAAAGUCAGUUUAAUUCAGCUGUCGGAAGAGAUUUCAACUGCACACUGGGACGUGAUAUUUUUGUAACCUGGUUAUUUAUUUGUCAAGGAUCUGUACGAACGGCUCAAUAAAAAUGGUUCAGCAUCUGGC